AUGUCUUACGCCUCCGUUGUUGCUCACGAUGCUCCUCCCUCGUCUGAGCAGCCUCGUCCAGAUCCUGCGCUCCUCACGACCGAACGCUCCGCUGCAAGUAAUGUUAUCGACGACACUUCUAAAGUAACCAGCGAUUUUAAAGAGAAACCUGCCACAUACACAUCCGAAACAUAUGUUCCAGAAGAUGUCGAUGAUGAUCUCAUCAAUCCAGGCAGGAAACAGGUGAAAGGUAAAAGGAAUAGGCGCCUUCAGGAGGCUCGGGCGGAAGGCACUUAUUUGUGGGAGGUCACAAAACACUAUUUGUUUCGCCCAGGUGUUGCUGGUGGUCUCAUUGGCCUGGUGAAUGUCGGUCUUCUGUCUAGCGUGGGCUACAGAUUCUACACGAAACCUAGUCUUCGUCAGAAUCCCACUGCCAUAAGCUCGGCAGCGGCAGGAGCACUGCUACUGAUCGGGACUGAAGGUUACGCAGCAGAGAAGUAUCGACAGACCCCUAUCGGUCGCCAGGAAGAACGACGCGCACAUGAGGAAGGCACCCUCAUCUACAUGCAACUUCGAGAGCACGUCUUUCGUCCGGGUGUCUUGGGCGGUUUGGUCGGACUAGUAAACACAGCGAUCCUUGGAGCAGUAGGGUAUUACAGCUAUGCAAACUGGUACAAACCUAAGUGGAACCGGGAUGUCGUCACGGCUGUUGCAUUCGGCCUUCUCACACUUUGGGGUGGUGAAGGGUAUCUUGCAGAGCGCUAUCGUGCAGAACGGCGG